UGAAAUCACAUCAUGGACAUUGUUCUUCGUUGUAUGAUUUUUCUUAUAGGAGUUUGUUCUCUUAUGGUAAACCCUUGUUACUGCCUCAACCGUAAAUUGUUUAAUGUUUCUCAAAUUCAAAAUGAUAAUAAUCAAUGGCAAGGGGCAAUAGCUACAUGGUAUGGACCUCCCAAUGGUGCUGGAUCGGAUGGUGGUGCUUGUGGUUAUACUGAUAGUGUAGAGAAACCUCCACUUUCUAAAAUGAUAUCAGCUGGAGGUCCAUCUCUUUUUCAAAAUGGUGUAGGAUGUGGUGCUUGUUAUGAGGUGAAAUGCACAGAAAAUAGUGCAUGUUCAGGAAAUGCUGUGAAGGUGAUGAUAACUGAUGAAUGUCCUGAAUGUGUAGAAUCAACUCAUUUUGAUUUAAGUGGAACCGCUUUUGGUUCCAUUGCAAGAUCGGGCAUGGAUGAUAAUCUUCGUAAUGCUGGAAAAAUUAAUAUUCAGUAUAGAAGGGUUGCAUGCUCUUUUGGAAAUUCAAUAGCUUUUAUAAUUGAUAGUGGAGCCAAUCCAUACUAUUUUGCUACUGAAAUAGAAUAUGCAAAUGGAAUUGGUGAUAUUGUACAAGUUGAAAUAACCCAAUCAAACGAAUGGCUUUCAAUGAGACGAUCAUGGGGUGCAAGAUGGGCUUUGAACUUAGGUUCACAGUUGGUAACUCCAUUUUCUAUUAGACUCACAGAGAGUGGAAAUGGAAGUGAGAAAACUAUUGUAGCUGAGAAUGUGAUUCCAAAUAAUUGGCAACCUGGUCAAGUUUAUCGGUCACUUGUUAAUUUCUAGUAGAAAUAAUUACAAAACUUAAUCUUAAGUAUUGUAUUUUGCAUUAUAUUAGGGAGAAAUAUUGAUUAUGUUAACUUCUAGUUUUGUUAUUCUAAGUCUAUAUCUAGUUGUUACAUGACAUUGCAAAAAAAAUGAAUG